CGUGAUAGUAUAGUAACUGGCCAACUGCUUCUUGUGCUUUUAUACUUUUUGACCUCUUACUAUCUGUUAUUUUUGUUGUGCCUUUUGACAGUUGUAUUCUUAAUGUGGUUGUUAACAUUCUGAAAGAUUUUUAAUGUUACAGGAAUUAACUGUUAAAAUAGUGUCUUCUUAGAUGAUGAAACAAAUGAAGAUGGGGCUUAAAUCUUAAGGGGGUGAAUUAACACAACAAAAACUGAAAUCUAGUUUCUGUUUGUAAAUUUCUAAGUAAUUGAAUGGAUAUGAAGCUUGAAAUUGAAUGUGAUGUUGCCUGGGGGCUUAAGGAAACUUUUUACUACAAACUUCCCUAGUACCAUUGUGUGGAGUAUUCAGAUAUGAAUUAUGGACUAUUAGUUAUCAGUUCCUUCUGUUAAGAAAGGAGGGAGGUUGAGGAGAAGGAAGAAAAUAACCCAAAUGAGAAAUGAUUCAAAUGUUAAAAGUACAUACUUGCGUACUGAUGUUUGUUGCUUAUAGUACAUGAGAACUAGUGGGUAUCCAGCAUAACUUUUUGAAAACUUUUGUUGAAAAUACUUGUUUUUACAGCAUUACCUUCUUAAAAUAUUGUGACAAGUAUUCAUUUCCUCAUACAUCUGGAUUCUGAGCCCACAAGGAAAUUAUACAGAGGGCAAGCUUGAAAGUAGGCAGUGUUGGUCAACUUAACAAGUUAGAAAAGGUCUAUGUGACUUAAAGAUACUUGGAGUACCAUUUUUAUCCUCAUAUUUCAUUUGCUAAAGCUUUGUGCUCUCUUUGUGGCAUGGCAAAAAAGUAAUUUUAAUGUUGUUUUCUCCCAGAAAAAUGAGCUACUGUCUGGCACAGCUUUUCUGGGGUAGCAUUUCCUCUUUGUAUAACAGGAACAUAAUAGAGAACUGGGGCAGGUGGGAGUUUGGUAUUGAUGGAUUUCAAGUUCCUUUUGUCUUUCCCAUGUAAACUGAAUUUAAGUGGACUGUGGUCUCUGGUUUGGAUGUCUUGGGGCUUAGUGAAUCCUUGUAUACUGGGCACCCAUAUGGUCAAUUACUGACUACUUUCAGAAAGCUUAUUAUAUAGAGGCCUCUGGGGGGCUGAGGGUCUGGUUUUAGCUCUUAUCUGGUACUUUGAUUUGAAAUAUGUACUCAGAAACCUAGAUCUCUCUAAACACUUCAGCUGACAGAUACAGAGGAGUUUACUCGCUAUGCUUAAGACUUUAGAAGAAUAAUUUUAAAGUGUACUGACUGGAAUAUAUGCAAUAUUUUACAGUUUUCUCAUUCUGUGAAUAUUCAUUUUAAGCAACCUUAUUGAAAUGGGACAAUUUGGAUACCAUGUUUGAUAUGCCAAAGAAGAGCUCUACCUGAAUACUGGAUAUUCCUCUGACUUGAUGUUUCUUCAGUGACUGCUUUUUACAUCAAAAUGGAUUCUAUUCUAGAUGGAAAACAGUCGUCUUUUGAAGGAAAAUGGAUACCGUGAGAAACCGUUCAGUGGAAGUUGGCACAUGCUGAAGUGGACUGCAUUUUCAUGGGAAAGCUAGCACAGGAUCUGCAGCUUUCAACAAACCAUCUGACUUCGGUCCUGUUGCAGAGAAAUAUGUGAACCUAAAAUCCUAUAACUGAAUACUUCAGAUUAUAUUGAAUUACAUGAAUGAUAGCCUGAGAACAGAUGUCUUUGUAAGAUUUCAGCCAGAAAGCAUUGCCUGUGCCUGUAUUUACCUUGCAGCUAGGACACUGGAGAUUCCACUUCCUAAUCGUCCACACUGGUUCCUGCUCUUUGGAGCAACAGAAGAAGAAAUUCAAGAAGUUUGUUUAAAAAUUUUGCAACUUUAUACUCGGAAAAAGGUUGAUAUAACUGAUCUGGAAAGUAAAGUGGAAAAAAAGAAAUUAGCAAUUGAGGAGGCAAAAGCACAAGCUAAAGGUCUGCUACCUGAGGGAACUCCAAGUUUAGAUAACAUAUCAGGAUUUUCCCCUGUACCAAAAAAUGAGUCUCCAAAAGAAAUUAAAGGAAAUAAACCUUCACCACUACCUGUUCAGGCAGUGAAAAAUGCUAAAAGAAAAACUGAGGGAGCAAAAAGAACGAAUUCAAAUAGCCCAGUAAAUGGCAUUCAGAAAGGAAGAGAAAGUAGAAGUCGAAGUGGAAGUAGAGAUCAGAGUUAUUCAAGAUCACCAUCCAGGUCUGCAUCCCCUAAGCAUAGGAAAAGUGAAAGUUACUCUACUUCAAGUGGUUCGAAGUCCCAUAGCCGUUCUAGGAGUCGCAGUGACUCUCCUCCAAGGCAGUUCAACCACAGUUCUAGUUACAAAGGUUCCAAGAUGAGAAGUUACAAGAAAUCAAAAGACUACAAAUACUCAACACACAAACCAAGGAAAUCCCGCAGCAGAAGUUCAUCGCGUUCCAGGAGCCGGUCCCGGGAGCGUUCUGACCAUUCAGGGAAAUACAAGAAGAAAACUCACUACUACAGAAAUCACAGGCAUGAGCGUUCACGCUCCUAUGAGCGAACGAGUCAUCGCUAUGACCGAGACCAUCCUGGCCACAGUAGGCAUAGGCGAUGAGCAGGACAAAGUGUUUUUCCCCCCCCCCCCCCUUUUGGAAUUCAGAGGAGUCCGUUCUUCCAUCUGAGCUUUACAGCAUAGGGUUAAUCUGGUUUAUAAACCACUUUAGCUUCAGCAAUGUCCAUUCUGCUGCUAAUUCUGUACUCUAAUCCAAAGGAAAUACACAAAAAGGAUAGGAUGAUGUGAAAGACUUAAUCAGAUUGUCCUAGUUGCUGUCUGUUGGAGUGUCAUCUAAUAAUGCUGCAGAGCUUGACUCUGUAGGUGCUCCUGUUGCCUGCUCUUUAGUUACUUGCAUACUGUAGCACAGCGGAGUAUUACUUGGGAUUUGCAGUUCUGCAAGCAGGAACUCUGUUGCUCAGUAGUUGAAGUACUGUGUUGAACAGUCCUUCCCUGUGGAACUAGAAGACUCGAGACAGUUCAUAAAAGAAAAAAAAAAAGAAAAAAAAAUUGGAGUGGCUUGGUGCUAACAAAGCUGUCUUUUCAUACUGAUUUCAACUAUGUUGUACAAUUGUAAAGUGACUUUUUUUAGAAUUAUGCCUAUAUUAGGUUAUAUAUGUGUGUAUAUAUAUUUUGCAGUGUUACAGUAUAGUAUGGGAAUAUGGCCUUACUAGCCUUUACACUUUAUCCACAAUGUAAAUAAGCAUUUGUUUAAUACAAGUGAAAGAUAUAUACAGAAAAUUCAAAACUUGAAUUCUAUCAAAAAGACUUGUGUAGAAAGUUCUGAUAAAUGUGAAAGUAUUUAGCUUGUGUAUUGAAAGUAGUAUAUUUUUUAUCCGUGCAAUGCUGUGUGCAGGCCACCAGCUCAUAAUAGACAUUUCCUAUAUAUACAUUCUAUGUGGUUUGAAAUUCUUUACUCAGGAUCUUUGACAGACUACUAAUUCAGAGUGUCAAUCUGUCUGCUAGUUAAAGAACAGAACAUGUUUUUUUUUUGUUUUAGAGAAAAAAGAAGAAAAAGCCACACAGCCCAGUAGUAUCAGUUCUAAUGGUAUAUCUGAGCUGUUGCUCUCGUGCUCCCUAAUUUCAUUAAAGUAUUUGAUUUUUAUAUUAA